GUGGGCAGUGAACGUACCCGGGGCACUCGGGACAAAACGCAAAUUUCAACCACACAGCCAACACAACCACAGAAACAAGUAGUACAGGAAAUCUCUUCACUAGCUUAAAAGUUGCAGUGGGCCUGAAGAGGCUGAAAUCAGAGCGAGAAGAUGCAUCAACAAAGCUUAAUUCCUGAAACCAGCAGACCUUUUGUUUUGCUCUCUGCUGAGCUCUCGUCAAACACCAAGAAAGAGCUACUUUGCACAGAGCACCAAGAAAAGAGCUACUUUGCACAGAGCACUGCACUGACCAGGAGGCUUUCAUGGAGGGUGGCACCAGGGCUGGCAUGCGGAAUUCCAGAGCAGGCUCUCAUCUAUGUUACUGGCUGACGUAUGAAGCUGUCAGCAUGACACUUUGAAAAUGUGAAGUAGCGCAGAGUGCUUAACUCUGUUACAAAUGCUAAUUGUCUUGGAACCUCGCCUCUGAGCACAGCAAAUGUCACUUCCCUCAAGGAACUGGGAGAACUGCAGUAACUUUGCAGCAAAUAAGCAGCUGGUGGUGUACGGUGGAGUAAUAUUUAGACUCUGCUCAGCAUUACACUUGGCGACCUCCUCUAGAGCUUGUAUUUGCGGGAAACUCCAAAAGCAAAGCAGUUUGAGGCUGAUUAAGUCUGAACUAUUGAGGCACAGAAUUUCAUGUGGGUACCCUUUGAAGUGAGACUUCGAAAGGCAACAGCAGAACAGAUUCGCCUUGCUCAGAUGAUCUACGAUAAGAACGACGCAGAUUUUGAAGAUAAAGUGAAACAACUUAUGGAAGUGACGGGGAAAAACCAGGAUGAGUGCAUAGUGGCACUACAUGAUUGUAAUGGGGAUGUGAACAGAGCAAUCAACAUACUGCUGGAAGGAAGUUCAGACACGACUUCUUGGGAGACUGUAGGGGGAAAGAAGAAAAGCCUUGGAAAGGAAAGCUCAGAAAACAAAGAGAACAGAGAAAAACGAGGGGACAGAGAAGUGAGUCGCGGACGGGGAAGUUCCAACAGACGGGGAAGAGGAGGCAGCCGUGGCCGAGAGUUUAGAGCUGAAGAGAAUGGAGUGGACAACAAUCAAGGAGACAGGCCUUCAGACCGUGGGAAACGUGGCCGUGGGAGAGGGUUUGGACGUGGCAGAGGGAGAGGAGCGGGGAGGUUUUCAGCCCAAGGCAUGGGGACAUUUAACCCUGCAGACUAUACGGAGUCUUCUGCCACUGAUGGCUUUGGGACAAAAUCAGAGAUUUGGGAGACUGGUCAGAAUGAUGCAGAUGAUGGAACUGAGCCAACCCAGAGCGGCUGUUACCUUGCUCAGGACGUGCCAAAUAAUUUUGGAUUCCAAGGAGCGUGGAAAAACUCAAUAGAAGAAUGGACAGCAGAAGACUGGAAUGAAGAUCUUUCUGAAACAAAAGUCUUCACUGCUUCCUCUGUUCCAGCUGAAAAUCAUGUGACUCCUGGUCAAAGCAUUGAUUUGGUAGCACUGCUUCAAAAGCCUGUGACUUCUACCCAAGAGGCAGACGGCAACUCAUUUGAGGCUCCUCAGCAGCAGACUUUUGGCCAAGCCCUAGUCUUCACAAAUUCUCAGCACAGCACCCAGAUGGCAUCAGGAAGUGGCAGCUCCAGUGCUGUAAACUCUUAUUCUCCUCAAAGUCUGUCUGCAGUUCUUUGUUCUGGCUUUGGAGAACUUGGAUCCUCUAAAUUGGCAAACUCAACUGGAUCCCAAAUUUUGGACCAGUUGAAAUCUCCAGGAUUGGGUCAGUUUACCUCUCAACAAAACAAUAGUAGCUCUACCGCCACUACCACAACUACCACAUCAUCCUGGGAUCUAAAACCACCCAUUACUCAGUCCUCAGUCCUUAGUCAGUUCGACUUUAAAUCUCAGCCUGAACCAUCCCCAGUUCUGAGCCAGCUGACCCAGCGACAGCAACAACAAUCACAGGCAGUUCCUGUUCCUCCUCCUGGGCUGGAAUCCUUCUCCUCCCAGGUAAAGCUCCGAGAGCCAUCGCCAGUAGACACCUCUACAGCUGUUAGCAAAAUGUUACAGCUCCCCACUUUAUCGAUGGAUAACCAGGCAGUGACUGCUCAUCAAACCCAGCAGAAACAGAUAAAACCACCAAAACGGAGGAUAACUCCAGCAUCUAAGAUUCCUGCCUCUGCAGUGGAGAUGCCUGGAUCAGCGGAUGUUACAGGGUUAAAUGUUCAGUUUGGAGCUCUGGAGUUUGGAUCAGAGCCUGCACUCCCAGAGUUUGGAUCAACUUCAAGCAGUGAGAAUACCAGCCAGGCGACCAACAAUAGCUUGUACUCAAAAUCUGUAAAUGAUCCUUUGAAUACCUCUUUGCCAAUAUCCAAUACAGUACAGGAGUCCACCUACACAACCUCUGCCGUCUCCUCUUCCAGUCUGACCUGCUCAUCCCAGAGCACUAGCCCAGUAACAACAACUUCCUCCUAUGACCAGACUUCUGUGCAUAGUAGGAUAGCGUACCAAAGCUCCAUGACUCCGUCUGAAUCAACCCCUGUUGCAGUUACGAACGGGCACAGUGGUGUUAGAACACAGGCAACUCUUGACACUACUUCAUCAGUUCCAGCGCCUAAGACAGAGCCUUCUCCCUCACUACCUUCUGCUGGUUCUCUGCCUAGCGUGGUAUCCACCACUGCUUCGCUUCUGCCUUCAGCAUCGCAGCACACGGCAACGUUGCCCAGCUUGCCUCAGUCCAGUGAUUUGGCCAGCAGCUCACUUUCCCAGUUAAGCAGCUCCCUUUCCAAUCAUCAGAGCAGCCUGUCCCCUGCCUCAGUGUUGUCUUCAAGCACAUCACAUGCACACACUAGUGUUGAGAACACAACUUCGCUCCAGCCCUCAACAACCUUUUCAACUGCUUCAACCUCAGCCACUAGCACCACCUCUUCGGUUGUCAGCAUGGCAAGCAGUAUGAACACUACAAACAGCCUUGGCCUGAGCGUUACCAGUGUGUCUAUACCAGCUGCUACCACACGGGCAGCUCCCUUAGUGUCUUCAGGCAAAGCUCCCCCAAACCUGCCCCAAGGUGUACCACCCUUGUUGCAUAACCAGUAUAUUGUGGGACCUGGAGGACUUCUGCCUGCCUACCCACAGAUUUAUGGUUAUGAUGAUCUCCAGAUGCUUCAGUCCAGGCUGCCAAUGGUAAGUAAAUGGUUUGGAUUAUUUAAUUUUAAACAAGUUCUCCUCAGUGUUGAUCAUUUGUGCAACACAAAUUGGUUCAUUUAAUGGUGAUUAAGAGCU